AUGAAUAUACAUGAGAGGUUAGGUGCAAGGAGAUUGUCACCCUGUGCACGUGAGUUCUACAUUGACGGAGUAACUUACGCCUCCUCAGCUUCUGAUUUUCAAGCAACUGGGAGUGUUAUCUACAAUGGGGAGUGGUCUAAGGUUACAGUCAAACGACACGGCCCCUCCAACAAAGAACUGAUCGAGAAGAAGAUACGGAAGAAGGAUAAUAGGAAGAAAUAUGUCGAUAUUGAAAGAGACAUGAUCAAUAAAAGUAACUCCGAAUAUAUUGUCAAAUAUUUUGGAUUCCUCGAAGAUCAGGUAGAUUUGUUCCUGUACAUGGAAAAGAUGGCAUGCUGUUUCAGACAGCUACUAAACAAGACCCUCCAACAAAACACCACAUUCCCCACACUUCUACUCCACUCAGUGGCCUUCAGUGUGGUUAAAGCGCUGCAGUUCCUCAAGGAAAACAGCAUUCUUCAUAGAGACAUCAAGCCUUCCAACAUUCUGCUUAAUUCUGCGGGUCAGAUUAAGCUGGGUGACUUUGGGUUGUCCAAGGAGUGUGAAGAUGGAACAGCGAAUUCGAAAGGUAUUGGUACGUACGAAUAUAAUGCUCCAGAAAGAUUGGGUCCUGAUCGGAAGAACCACAGUUACCCUUCUGAUAUGUGGAGUCUUGGUGUAACCCUUCAUGAGCUAGCCUGCAAGGAACAUCCAAUCAGGAAGUUGGCUCUGGAAGAUAACGAAACAUGCUCUAAGUUCGAGUUGAUGAUUGUCGUCACUCAGUGUGAACCACCACAACUAGAUACUACUCAGAUUAACUCUCCACAUUUCUGUGACUUUGUCAACAGGUGUUUACAGAAAGUUCCCGAAGAACGGAUUCCUCUGGAAAACAUUGUCCUACACAAAACCUUUUCUGAAAUGUUAACAGAAAAAGAUGUGAGGAAGUGGUACAAUGCUUCGAAAGAUUGGAACGAAUGGUACCGUCUCCCCGGAUUAGACAAGAUAUGUAGUUUACGGAGUAAUGGUUGGAGAGAGAAAGCGUUCUACAUCAGAGAUCUGGCUAGACCAAGAAUACACGGUUCUGUUAAGAGCGAGGAUACCAUACAAUCUGAAGGUUCUGCUGCCAAGGUCCCGUUUAUGAUAACAAAGCAGAUGAAGCUUAACCUAUUGGACUUGGGCUACACGAUAAAGGAUAUCAAUGGUCUCACACCCCUUGAAGCACAUCAGAUUCUUUCUGAUGGAAUUAGUGUUACAAGAUCUCUUUCUGAAGAAGAAAUUGAAAAAGAAAGCACAUCUAAUCCUGGUGAUGUUAUAAGUUUAACAGAAACUUUAUCUGAUAACCCACGCGACCAAGAACUACCACCGCAUUCCCAGGAAGAUCUCAGAAAACAUCUGUUAAAUGUUUAUAGAAUCCAAUCAGGUCUUGGUAGCGUCAGGUUGAAAGUUAACUCCACGCUAGUCUCCAUUGACAGGGCUAACUCAGCGAUAUCAGCAGCUCUGGAAGCAAUCCAAAAAUAG